AUGUCUCUUGUAUUAAGAAGUGUCAAUGUUUCGGCUACUCCUAUUGUGGUUGAAGAAUAUUUUCUAGAAUUCUUAAAGGUAGCUGACACAUCAGGUCUUGGACUGCUUAAUGAACUUCUAACUGCAUUGAAGACUCUUGGACUUGAUGUUAAUGUAAUAAGAGGCCAGGGGUAUGACAAUGGAUCCAACAUGAAAGGAAAAAACAAAGCUUCUACAAAGAGAUGUCGUGUGGAGAGUGUUAAAGCAAUUAGGUAUCAAGCUCCAGAAAUAAGAGAGGCUUUGAUUCACUUGGUGAAUGGUAAAGAAGAUGCGAAGACAAAAAGUGAUGCUGAGACUUUAGCAACAUAUAAUCUUCAGAAUUUUGAGUUCUUGUUCGGUAUGAUUAUAUGGUAUGAAUUGUUACAUGCUGUUAACAAUGUCAGCAAAGUUCUGCAAACUGAAGAUAUGCAUGUUGAUACUGCCAUCAAAGAAUUGGAACGUCUUCUUUCCUUUCUUCAAAAGUUUAGAGAAACUGGAUUUGAGGAGUCCUUGAUUGAAGCUAAAGAGAUUGCAAGUGUGAUGGGGAUUGAACCGGUAUUCAUGGACAAACAGACAAUUCACAAAAAGAGACAAUUUGAUGAAAGCUCUAGCGAAGCGGUGACACAAUCAGCUGUAGAAUCCUUUAAAGUCAACUAUUUUCUCUACAUAGUUGAUCAAGCUAUUUCUUCAUUCAAAACUAGGUUUGAACAAUUUAAGACUUUUGAAGAUAAUUUUGGGCUUUUGUUUGAUUUGGACAAGUUAAGGUAUGCAGAUAGAGAUAGUUUGAAGAGUUUUUGUGCUAACCUUACAAAUUUAUUGAAGCAUGGCUAG